AUGCGUGAUUGCUGGUCGAUGAUUUUGUUACUGGUUAUGUCGGGUGACGUUGAGCAGAACCCAGGGCCUAAGACGACUGAACUGUUGGAGUUGAUUAUAGAGAAUCAGGCGACGUCCGACUGUAAAUUGGGCGCUAUAAAUGAAGAAAUUGCAAAACUGCACACAAAGACUGAUAAAUUGACUGAUUAUGUUGAAGUAAUUAAGGACUUGAACAGGAGAAUAGACAGUCUAGAGAACCUUGUUCGGCAACAAGCUGAAAAGCUGAUUGAGUUUGAAACCCGAAGCCAACGGAACAACCUUUUAGUAUUCGGUCUUCUUGAGGAGAAUGGGGAAUCCGAGUCGACCUUGAAAGCGGCGGUUGUAGACACGCUCUUUCGGGAAACGCUAGGAGUUCAAGUACAGACGGUAGAAAGGAUACAUCGCUUAGGCAAGAAGAAGCCAGGAAGUCCUAGGCCUGUAAUUCUAGGAUUUUAUGACUCAAGGGAAAAAGAGCGGGUGCUGAGGAACUGCCGGAAGCUAAAAGGAAGCCAAAUUAGGAUCAGCAAUGAUUAUCCGAAAGAAAUAGUGGAAGUGCGUAAAAAGCUGUGGGCAAGCGCUUCAGCUGACAGGAACAAUGGCAAAAGGGUCACCUUGGUCCAUGACAAACUGAAAGUGGUACACGGUCAUCUCCAGCUUUAG